GACGUACGUGUGGGCUGUGGUUGGUGAGGGCCGGCCGGUAGCGGAAGCCGUGUUCGCCACUCAAAGCUCUUCCAGCUGGUCACUCCAGCCUCCUGGGACUUUGCCUCACCUGAUCGUCGAGCUCCUGGCGGGGGGUGUCUGGGGAUGCCGCUCGGCCGCUUUCUGCGAGGAGCUUAACCCGCCCCGCUACCGCCCGGAUGGGACCGCCGGAGUGCGGCUGAAGUCUCCAGUGAAUAUUGAAUUGCUGAGAAAUUUGGGGAAAGACCAGCUGAAGUUCCCAUUCCAUGGAUCCCUUGGGUGCCCCUUCCCAGUUUGUGGAUGUGGAUACGCUACCCAGCUGGGGCGACUCAUGUGAAGAUGAAUUAAAUACUUCCGAUACUGCAGCUGAAACAUUGCAAGAAAAUACUGUUAGAUCACCUUUUCUUUACAACAAGGAUAUCAGCGGGAAAGUGAUUCUUUGGAAAGGAGACGUGGCAUUACUGAACUGUACGGCCAUUGUGAAUACCAGCAAUGAAAGUCUUACAGAUAAGAACCCUGUGUCAGAGAGUAUCUUCAUGCUCGCAGGACCCGAUUUGAAGGAGGACCUCCAGAAACUUAAGGGUUGCCGGACAGGUGAAGCAAAAUUGACGAAAGGAUUUAAUCUAGCUGCCCGGUUCAUCAUUCACACAGUGGGACCUAAGUACAAGAGCCGCUAUCGCACCGCUGCUGAGAGCUCCCUGUACAGCUGCUACAGAAACGUGCUUCAGCUGGCAAAAGAGCAGUCAAUGUCAUCUGUGGGAUUCUGUGUCAUCAAUUCUGCAAAACGAGGUUAUCCUUUAGAGGAUGCAACACACAUAGCCCUUCGCACUGUAAGGAGAUUCCUGGAGAUUCAUGGGGAGACCAUUGAAAAAGUAGUAUUUGCUGUCUCUGAACUUGAAGAGGCUACUUACCAAAAGCUGCUACCUCUGUACUUCCCAAGGUCAUUAAAGGAGGAAUGUCGAUCAUUGCCAUACCUACCUGCAGAUAUUGGAAAUGCAGAAGGGGAGCCUGUGGUACCUGAACGACAGAUUAGAAUAAGUGAAAAACCUGGUGCCCCGGAGGACAACCAAGAAGAGGAGGCUGAAGGCUUGGGAGUAGAUCUCUCUUUCAUCGGCUCUCAUGCUUUUGCUCGAAUGGAAGGAGAUAUUGAUAAGCAGAGAAGACUGAUCCUUCAGGGCCAGUUAUCAGAGGCAGCCCUGCAGAAGCAGCAUCAGAGAAAUUAUAAUCGCUGGUUGUGUCAAGCAAGAUCUGAGGAUCUAUCUGAUAUUGCUUCUCUAAAAGCCUUAUACCAAACAGGUGUUGAUAACUGUGGGCGCACAGUGAUGGUGGUAGUUGGAAGAAACAUUCCUGUCACAUUAAUAGAUAUGGACAAGGCUCUCUUAUAUUUCAUCCAUGUAAUGGAUCACAUUGCUGUGAAGGAGUAUGUAUUAGUAUAUUUUCACACACUGACCAGUGAAUACAAUCACCUGGACUCUGACUUCCUGAAGAAACUCUACGAUGUUGUUGAUGUCAAAUACAAGAGGAAUUUGAAGGCUGUUUAUUUUGUUCAUCCAACAUUUCGUUCAAAGGUAUCAACAUGGUUUUUUACCACCUUUUCUGUCUCAGGACUGAAGGACAAAAUCCACCAUGUGGACAGCCUCCACCAGCUAUUUUCUGCCAUAUCACCAGAACAGAUUGAUUUUCCACCUUUUGUCCUUGAAUAUGAUGCCAGGGAAAAUGGGCCUUACUAUACAUCUUAUCCCCCAUCACCAGAUUUGUGACCUGCCAUCUUUUAGCGCUACUGGUUUCCAGGGACGUCACUUUCUCCACGAAUUGCUACCUAUUGAAGUGAUAUUCAUUUUUGCUCUUCAGAUCCAGAGAGCCUUUUGUCCCCACCUCUCUGGUAUUUUUUUAUUGACUGUAUAUUUUCUGGCACAUAAGCAAUCUGAAAAUGGUAGGCCAUUCCGAACUGCACACUUAUUUUAAAUUUGUAUAUUUGUAUCAAAUGAAAAUGUUCAUUUUUAGAGGGUUGUUAAUAGAAAUCGGGGAGCAACUUUUGAGUAUCUUCAGUUUCCUGAGAGGACACUAGAUUCUCCAUUAGACCAGCCACCAAUGUUGUCCAUGCCAUCUCUCUAACAUUGCACGCUUCCUUUGUGUACUUCACUGUUUCUCAAAAUAUAUAGAACCAGUGUGUGCUGACCAUAGAUGCAUUGUUUGCUUCAGAUCCUGGCACUACAUUUUAUGCAGAUAAUUUGCUUAUGAUAAAAGAGAAUUGUCUGGGAUCAAGGAUGUGGAAAUGUAUCUGAUCAAAAUACCAAAAUCAUUAGCAAAAUAUAGGUCUUAGAAUCUUACUGCACUAGUUAAGACGAAGAUUUAAGGACUAAAGUUCCUUGGAUUUAUGAUCUGUUAAGAUUGCCACUGUUCUGGUCUCAGUAGUGGAGGACAAUAAGACCAUAUCUUCCGCCUUUUUCCUAUAAUCAUGGGUGAUUUGGUUGCCUUAUUUUAGAGGACUUCACUUAUUAGUACUCUUAAGUGAAAGGUAUCUCUUAGACUCGAUCAGUGACCCUUUCGAGAGCAUGGUCUUCCCAGAGGUGUGAUUUUGUUUGGCUCUUAAAGCUACUCCCUCUAAGGACAUUUCCUCGCAGUGUCUCUUGAGUUGCCUACAUCAAUAUGGAGGAAGUUUGUUGCAGCAAAUGAAAUUCCAGAUUGCAUUUGCCACUCAGACUCUAUUUGUGCCUUAGCUUGUUUAUGAAUAAGAACCAGAAUUACGAUACCUACCUCACAGAGGUAUCCUAAGAGCAUUUAGAAAGGGCUUUUGAUGCCUUUGGGUGCAAAAUGCUAGCGGAGCUUAUCUAGGGUGUCGUUUCGGUCAGUCUUUAAAUGAUAAUAAUAGACUUGAGGGUACUACCAGGCACUCCUCUUGUCCUUGGCACCUUCUGAGUCAUUUUUCUUUUCGUGGGACAAGAGCUGCUAGUGAAAAAUCCCAACCGUGAGGACCUCCUUCCUACUUUGUCCAGAAUUUCUUCUGGCCUGCUCCUCCCCCAAUGCCACACUUUAACAAGAGGCAUCUGUUAGCCAUUUUAAACAUUUCUUCUUGAGUUAAGGUCAAACCACUGUCAUUUCCGUCUGGUUGUCUUCAUAUUCCUUUUGAUUCCUAUGCCACGCCCCUCCCUCAGUCCAUCCUGUACAUUGGUGGUUCAGGGAAGAAAAAGUAGAACCCUUCUGUUCCAGUGUGUUCAGGAUCAGUGCUUCCAAAGGUCCCAUACAUCUGUGCCCAAGUUAAUCGUUCAGUGGCGAUAAAGGAAACCUCCUCCUUUUAUGACAGAGAAAUUCCCCUAUAGUUGUAUUAGCUCCAUUCAAGCAACAGGGGGCUUUACAUUUCUUCGAUAAACCCUCUUCUCUUUUGUAUGUACUGGACACAUUUGCUUUGCAUCAGAUAUCAAAGCCACUUAGCUCCUUAUAUGUGCUUAUUUGGUAAGAGUUUCCUGUUAUGUUCCCUAGGUCAUCAGAUCCAGACAGCCAGUCAGUUGGCUGGUAUUAGGCUUCCUCCUUCCUCUCUGAUAGCACUGCUUUAAAUCCCUUAAGCUUUGAGCUUUAAAAAUCUGAAAAAUUAUCUUCAUCUUCUCCAGGCUAUUAUUAGAUCAGAGUUGGGGUCACUGGGAGCGGUCAUUAAAAAUAUACCACCUUUUCUUUUUUGAAAGUGGACUGGGCUACCUCCAGUUGGCAUCUGGCCUGAAUCAUUUCCUCUGUAGAUAAUAGAGGCUGCAAACUACUUUGCCGUUCAAAAGGCACUAAAAUUAUUGGAAACAAUAAUUUGGAAAGAAUGUCCCUCUGCUAUAUUCAUACGAGUAUAUUAAUGUCUAGUAACACAAGCAAGAUUCUACAUACAGUGAAAUUCUGGUUCAAUUGAUAUCCUAGGGUAUAAAGGUAUGAAAGUAUAUACAUAUCAGCCCCAUUUCACAAUUUAAUGGUGUCCAAAGAUAAGGGCUGUACUUUUCAGUGAAACUAAAUUUGGUAUGGGACCAAGCUCAUGCUUUUAUAGCUGCCUAGAGUGUUAUAUAAUGAAGUUGUUUCAGCGCAUUAAGUCCUACGAGGGGAACAUAGUGACCUUAUGGUGAAAUGAUCAUGUAAAGUUCAGUAUGUAUCUGCCUUUGUCAACAGGUUGCGUUGUCUGGAUAACAUGCCAUUUUCCAGGGACACAUUAGAGGAUAAAAGGGUGACUGGGUGGAGAUGAGCACUAGCAUCUGAUGUUAAUUCAAAGCCCCACCAAGUCUUUGAUUUAAUCCAACUUCGGUCAUGCCAGAUGCUAGUCGAAUUGAGGAAGAAACAACUUCUAAAAUUUUAAUUUAAUUCAUUAAUUCAUCCAAGGCAUAAUAGGAUUUUUUAAACAAGUACAUUUCUUCAGCGUAUAUUUGGGUUCUUCUUAACUCCUCUAUAUCCAAGUUUCUUGCUAGCGAAAAUAACGUCUGGAAAAAAACUAUCUUUAUUAGACUCCUAAAGCUUAGAGAUCAAGUGGUUUCAAGAUUUUCUUUUCUUUAAUAUACAUCUUAUUUCACUGGCUGGUGCUCUGUUAUAUUUAUUUUUUCAAAGGAAUCCAAGUAGUUUGAGACCAAACAACAGGAUUUUUAAUUUUGAUAGGAAAAAUGGAUACAGGUUUUUGAUCACAUAUCUGAAAUCUGAAAGGAUUAAAAUAUCUUGCAUUUCUAGAGAGGGAUGAGAGUAACCACUCCAGUAGAAGAACAGGGCCUGACUAUUUCUCCCUGUUCUCCAUUUGCUUAGAUAUUGUUUAAUGAAUUCAUACUGUAGGUAAUGGUUUCUUUUCUUUGCAAUAGUUAAUAAGAAAAUGAUAAAAUGUGGUUUCGGUAUAAGCUACAAAUCGCUCUUUGUGUUUCCCCUGAUUGUGUAUGUAUAUAUAGAGAGAGUUUAUGUUGAUUAAUAUAUGAAUAGAAAUGAUUAGAAUUUGAAGUACUAGAAGGAGGACUGUAUUUUAAGACCAGUGGAUUGAUUGUAUUAAUGACCCAGAGGACUAUAAGGUAGCAGCAUAUACACCUCUAAAAUUGGAGAUGGCCAGUGAGUUUCAGAUGGUUGUUCUCUUAAGUUAUGGUCAUCAUAGUCCACAUGCACUAGAAUGUUUUACCUACACUGGCACUGAUAUACCUCAUGGUACGUGAUUGACUCUCGUUCAGGAUUGUCUGAAACCAUGAAAGAUUAAAGGAGGACUCUACCUGUGAUCUAGGUCAUAUCAGAAACCCAGAGAUUAUAAGGAUUGCCCAGUAGGCCAAACCCUAUAUAUAUAUACAUAUACAUAUACAUAUACAUAUACAUAUACAUAUACACAUCCUAUAUACAUCUACCUUCAUACAUAUGUAUGUGAAUAUAUAUGUGUGUACACACACACACAUACACACCCAGUAAUCCACUUUGCAUCACAUUCUUUGAAUGUGGUUUCUAUGGCCCAUAUGUAGAUAACACAGAGCAAUAAAUAACAUAGUUCAAGCUUUGAUUCUAUCAGAAUAGCCCUUAAGCAGAUGAUAUCAAGGUCACUUUAUGUGUUAGUGGCUCUUUUGGAUAUUAGUUAAUUUUGUUUUCGUUGCUUCCAGGAAUAGUAUCUAAUCUUUUUACAUGAAACAAGCAUGAAAUGUAUAGGGUCACUGAGUUCAAGAAGAAAAACAGAUAUUCUGUGGGUGAAUUACACUAACAAAAUCGUAACUGCUGAAUGAUCUAAUAUUUUUGUUGAACGGUUAAAAUUAAUACAUUUUGUAUAUACAAUCAUACUUUUCCUUUGCGGUGUGUUUUGUUAGUGUAAGUGCACAGUCAUCAUAAACUGAGCCAGCACUUUGUUAGACCAAUUCUUGUGGGCCAAAAUAUUUACAUAAGAGUUUAACAUAUGUAAAUGAUUUUAAUUGCUGUUGGGCACAGAAGACCCAAAAAUGUUUUCUUGACAUGAUCUUAAAAUGUGUUUAUUCAGAAUUCAGAAUGCUUUUAUGAAUAUUUUAUUUUACUUUUUUUUUUUUUAAUGUUAUUUUUGAGAGAGAGAGAGAUACAAAGCGUGAGCAGGGGGAGGGGCAGAGAGAGAGAGGGAGACACAGAAUCCAAAGCAGGCUCCAGGCUCUGAACUGUCAGCACAGAGCCAGAUGCAGGGCUCGAACUCAAAGACUGCGAGAUCAUGACCUGAGCCAAAGUCGGAGUUUUAAGCAACUGAGCCACCCAGGUGCCCCUGAAUAUUUUACAUUUAAAAAUGUAUUUUGGUCUUUCUGAAGUUGAAGUUUGAUCCCAUCACUCUGUAAAUAUAGCCUAUGAAGAGCCAGUAGUAAAAUGGUAGUGUUUAUAUUGAACCAUAGGGUGGGAUAGUUUGUUUUGGUCAUUUACACCUGGAUUUUCUGUAAUCACCAAAGUUAACCUAUGGAGUUAAAUGCAGUGAAUUUUACUGUCAACCUUCUCUAUGGGGACUUGGACUAGUGUUUCUCAAACUUUAAUGCGCAUACAAUAAAUCAUCUGGCAAUAUGUCAAAAUGCAGAUUCUGAUCCAGUAGCUCUGGUGUGGGGCCUGGGAUUCUCAGUUCCUAACAAGCUCAGGUGAUUAUCAAUACUCCUGGUCCCAAGACCACAAGGAAAAGAGCCAAGACUAUAUUCAGCUUCCAUAUUUUCCCUGUUUCGAGGAAAGGAGAUAUAACUAUCGUAAUCCUUUCUGUGGGCCAGGCACUCCGAUUCAUUAUCUCAUUUAAUCCUACAAAUCCUGUGAGGUCGAUGGUGAUAGAGAGGUUAAAUGACCUGCUGAAGCCCACGCACACAAGCAGUGCAUGACAGAGGUGUGUUUCUCAAACUUGAAUAAUGCACAUCCCCUUUUAGUAAGGAGAGGUUGUCUUGGUUCCUCAGUGUUUACUCCAUUAUUUAUUAUGUUAUCUCAGUAUGUAUAAAGCUAUGUAUAAUGCUUUACGCUUAUAGUUCUUGCACAAUUAUAAAACCAGAAGAAGUUUAUAGAUUAGAUACAAGCAAAACUAUAAAACUAAUACAACUUAAAGUAACCAUAACGAAAUAGGAUGUACAACGAUGUUUUGCCCAAACAGAACUGUCACCCGUAAUGUGAUGAUGGUACUGAGCCCUGUAGCACAGGUUCCUUCAGGGUUAGCACACACCCGCCCUGUGCUGUGUGUGCUGCGUAGUGACUCAGCUGUCUCCCCCGUGUGUCUCAGUUCAGACUGUUCCUUUCAUUUGUUUAGCACGUAGUGGUAUCACUUGGCCUUCAUCUAGCUUGAAUGUAUCGUUCCCCUAUUAAGUCAGCCUCUGUUCUCCAUAAGCCCGCAGCCAAAGCAGAACCCAGCUUUAGUGUGCAAGUAAACAUAAAUACGAACGUAGGCACUUAAAAUGUCCUGGCAAAAUUGGGUUUUAAAGCAGUUUAUGUUAAUAAACUAAUAUCCGGAACAUGAAUAUUAAUUAUUUUGAAGUUUUUCAUCAGCACAAAAAAUAUCUAAUUCUCACAGUAAACUCAUGGAUUCCCCCAACCAAACACACACACACCCACACACUCACAUUCCCCCCCACCAUUCCCCCCACCCCCUGACCCAAGAAUUUUUAAGGAUGGUUAGUUAAUAUUGGUGCUUUGGCCCCUAACACACCUGGGUUCAGACCUCAGGCAUGGUUCUCCACCUUUUCUGAACCUCAGUGUUUCCAUGUAUUCAACAGGGAUAAUAAUACUCAUUGGAUAAUUAGAAAGAAAUGCAAUAAUGCUCAUAAAGCAUGGAUGGUUAAGUGUUUAUAGAAGGUAGCUACCAUUGCCUUGAUUAGAAAUAAUAAUAACUGGGGCUCCUAGGUGGCUCAGUCACUUAAGUGUCCAACUCUUGAUUUCGGCCGAGGUCAUGAUCUCACAAGUCAUGAGAUUGAGCCCCGUGUCAGGCUUCGCGCUGGGUGUGGAGCCUGCUUGGGAUUCUCUCUCUCCCCCUCUCUCUGCCCCUCCCCCACCUCAGAAUAAAUAAAUACUAAAAAAAAAAAGAACAACUAACAUUUGAGGACUUAGUAUGUGCCUUCUACAUUGCCAAGCUCUUUAUAUAUGUUACCUUCUACAUUGAGAGAGAGAAUCAGGAUUCAAAUCAAAGUCUGAUUUCAAAACUCAUACUCUUAAGUAAUAAUACAAAGCAUCAAUAUAAGUUGCUUAUUUAACAAGCUUAUUUAAUUUUAAUUUGUAUUUUCUCAAAAAUACUAUAAAACUAAUGAUGUUUCUCUGGAGGGGAUGUGGCUAAGGUUUUUUUAAACAAUUGUGUAAUGUGCUAAGAAAUUGACACAAUAAAUAUGAAUUGUUUUUCAAGGCUAUCAUGCUAGGUUGUGGUCCAGUAAAAGGGUAUUAGGACCGUUAGGCUCAACUUGUACAUUAAUGUUCUCUUGCACAUUUAACAUCUGUAACUAAUGAUAACAUGAGAUUCUUCCUGAAUCUCGAUAUAGCUUUUUUGCAGAAAAAAAAAAGAAUUCCUCCCCCUCACCACUAUUAUAUUCUUUGAUAGUUCUGAGAAAUAGUCUGCAGACAUCUAAGUUUCACCUGUGAGACAUAUUUUUAAAAAUUGCCCUGUCCUUUAAAAUAGUUUCAAAUAAGUUUUUUUACCUUCUCCUAGUUUUCUAAAAUAAGUUCUGGAGUUCUGAAAAGAACUCCAGAUAUGAACAAGCAUAUCUGUAGGCUGGGUUUUUACUGUUUUGUGUUUUUUUUCUAAUUGGGUGCUGGGAGAAAAUACCAGGAGAGAGUUGCAAGAGGAACUCAUUUAUUAACAAAGAUAGUAUGUAUCAAAAUCCAGUUCUUUCCCUACUUCCUAAAACAUACUUGCACAAAUUAUUAAGGCAGUGGAGAUACAUGAAACAUGAGGCUGCCACUGAAUUUUGUAAGGUCUGUUUUUAAAAAUAUAUAUAUUUUCUUUAUGACAUCCUAUAUAGAAGCAUAAUAAUAAUCUAUGUCGUGGAAAUUAUUGUUUCUGAUCCAGCCUCUUUUCCCCAUCUGCAAGAUCUUUAAGUUCAAUGAAUGUAUGGCUCUCCAUCAAGAUAGAAAAGAUGUCCUCUCUGCCUUAUCCUGUAGCCCAGCAUUGGAAAAUUGUUCUGGCUUCACAUUACAGAUAAGGCCCAGUUUUACCUGCUUUUCUCCAGUUUUAGCAGCCUGUUACUUGAUUUGGGUUGUAAGCCCUACUUCAAGUUAUUUUUCCUCUUUCUCUUAUUAAAGGCAAAUAAGAUCAAUUCAUUAUAACUUUGGAUGGAAUGGCCUCUCGUCUUUGAAUUUUUAAAAAAAAUCCAAAUUUAUUUUUUUAUAAGGAGGUAUCCAAAGCAUUUGACCAUUUCAUUAUGUCUUCUAGUUGAGAUGUGUCUGACAUUUUCAUUUUGAAAUGCUUAUUGUAAAUGAUAACAUUGGUUGUUUAACACAUUUUCUUAGGUGGGUUAUUAUCUGUGAAUUUUAUUUCUAAUAACAAAGUAAGUGUUAAAACUUACUAUGAAAGAGGCAUAGGUUCUCAAACAAAUGAGGAAGUAGAGGGCCAGGCAGGUUAAGGCAGCAACGUUGCGCUCACAGCCAGAUCAUGGUGAUAGUAGGUAGUUUCAGGAUGACCUUGCCCAUCUAUAGCUGGAGCCCUUUGGUUUAACUAUGUUUGCACGGCCCCCUGCCUUUGACAUUCCCUCUGAGACCUCUAAACAAGUUUUGUUUUGUUUUUUUUAAUUUAUUAUUUAUCAUUUAUUUUUUUAUCUAAGUUGCACUUGCUCAGCCAAGUUCCCUGGGAGGACCAGAGUUCAAGAAUUAGCAGCAGAGUUAUCAGUCAAAGUUAGGUAAGUGAAUGCACAGUUCACAGUUCACAGCGGACAUGCUGCACAGUUGUUUUCUUUGUAAAACACUUAGUACAAGACCAGAACUAUGAGGUGCUAUCAUUUCCUUGUUGAAUCCAUCCUGUUGCUAUGGAAAAUGUUGUCUUAGUAAAGUCGGUUUGGAGCCUCACGUACCCCCAUGGGAGUUACACAAGGAGUGAGAAAAAGGCAAGAACCCCAUUUUUUUUUUUUUUUUUUUUUUUUUUAGUUUUUAGUGGAGUGGCAUAGGGUAAGACUACUCUGCAUCUAUGGCUUUUUGUUUGUCUUGUUUUUAUGUUUAUAUAAUUUAUUGUGACAUGUAUCAAAAUCAAGUUGUAAAUAUAAUA